GAUAUUGAGGAAGAUGUUUUAGAAACUCAGUCUUACAGUACUGUCUCUGACAAGUUAGAUUUUGAAAAACAUAUUUUAGAAACCCAGCCUCACAGUAACAUCUGUGUGCAGUCCAGUACUGAGGAAGAUGUGUUAGAAACCCAGCAUCGCCAUAGCGUCUUUGUAGAGUCCAGUACUGUGGAAACUGUUUUAGAUACCCAGUCUCAGCGUACUGCCCCUGAAGACUCACAUAUCGAGUCUCACAGAAACAUCUGGGUACAGCCCAGUACUGAGGAAGAUGUUUUAGAAAACCAGUCUCACAGCACUGCCUCUGACGAGUCAGAUUUUGAGGAAUAUGUUUUAGAAACCGGUUCUCUCAGUAACAUCUGUGUACAGUCCAGCACUGUGGAAACUGUUUUAGAAACUCGGCCUCAGAGUACAUCCUCUGAAGAGUCAGAUGUUGAGGAAACUGUUUUUGGAACCCAGCCUCACAAUAAUAAAUCCCCUGAAGAGUCAGAUAUUGAGGAAGAUGUUUUAGAAAUCCAGUCUUACAGUACUGUCUCUGACGAGUUAGAUUUUGAAAAACAUAUUUUAGACACCCAGCCUCACAGUAACAUCUGUCUACGCUCCAGUACUGAGGACAAUGAUUUAGAAACCCAGGAUCACAAUAAAGCCCAUUUACAGUCAGACACUGAGGAAAAUGUUUUAGAAACCCAGUUUCAUAGUACUACCUCUGAUGAGUCAGAUUUUGAGGAAGAUAUUUUAGAAACCCAGCCUCACAGUACUGCCUCUGACAAGACUCACACUAAAGCCCAAGUACAGUCAGAUACUGAAGAAAAUGUUUUAGAAAUCCAACUCAACACUAAUCUGUGUUUACAGUCCAGCUUUGAGGAUUUUGCUUUACAUAACCAGCUUCACACUACUGCCUGCAUUCAUUCAAAUACAGAGGAAAAUAUUUUAGAAAACCAGUCUUACACUCAUGUCCAUGUACAAUAUGUUACUGAGAAACUGGUCACAAAAUGCAAACACUUCCCUGAAAACGAGCUUGAGAUCAUGCAAGCAGCUCCUGCAGACAGCUUGGACACUGAUUCCUACAAACUGUCUGACCUCUCAGCCAGUAAGUUGGGAGAGUUGGGUGAACUCUCGUCAGGAGAAGGCAAGCACCUGUGCAUUCUACAGAGUGAGGGGCUGAAGGAUAUCCAUCCCUCAGCUUCACACACCGAGUCAUUCGAGUGGUCAGAAAAGGGUGUACUGCAGAGCAUUGCAGGCAAAGAGGAGCUUGCUCUACUUCCAUCGAGCCCCACUGAUACAUCCCUCAAUGUGACCUCUGACCUGCAUUUGGACUGUAAUAAACCUGCACUCAGUGGUUCAGAUAGGUUAUCUGAAAUGGUCAAAGCUGCAACAGAAAUGCAGAUGAAUUCUAACCAUUUGACUGAGUCUGAAAAUGGCACAACGGACCCUGACCAGUCUCAGAGUGAAACAGUUGGGGCCUGUGGUUCCAGUCUGGACUGUGGUCUGGUGAGGAAGUGGGAAAUCACAUUAGAUAUUCCACAAGCACAGUACCAAAAUGCCCUUCCUGAGCUAAGAUAUUGCCAUGACUCACCUGCCCAGUCUGAAUGCCACUCUGACACCAAUAAUAACACCAAGAGAGUUGUGGAUUUGUGCACUGCCAGCACUGCUGUAUUAGAUGUUCCUGCAGAGCAGGCACAACCAAUCAACAGAGGACUGGAAAUUCGCUCUGAGGGUGAUGAUGAAGAUGAAUCCUCUGGCCCACUCUGGGAAAGCAUGGACAAGUGCUCUGUUACCUCCAGUGGGUCUGAACUGGAAGACAGUACCUGGGAGUACACCUCUGAUACCUUGGAUUAUGAACCCCACAGUCACAGUCAGGCAUCGGGCCUGGCCGAGGGGUUUCUUUGCAGGGCGGACCCCCUUGAAGAGAGAUUCCCGGGUCAAGGUGGCACAAAGAAAAAAGUAGUAGGUCAGGAACCACCUAUAAUCGACACCUGCCUCCCCCUAUACAUGGACAUGGAUGACAGGGAAUGCAUAGCCUCAAAUAACCAUGACAUUAUCCCAGACUCCCAGGUGAACCAGCAAAAAUCUGAAAAAAGUGAUGAUCCACUUCAGGACCCAGGCUCUGAAACUGAAUCAGGAGGCAAAGGACUUGAACCUAUAGCUUAUUAUCCACAGACUGGUGGAGAAUAUUUGCACAUGGUAGAAAACAACAUGGAAGCCAAACAGACUUUAGAUGAAGCAAAAGAAAUCCCAGUUAGCCAAUAUUCCUCUCUUAAGACAGAGGAUUGCUAUGUACCUUUAGAGAUCUGCCAAGUACCAUUACAGAAUAAUAUUGAGACCAUUGAAUACCAUUACCAAGACGACAGCUUGAAUUGUUCAACAGUUAACAACCUGGAACCUAUUUUAGAAUCCAGUCAUCUUCAAGAUAAUUCAUUCGUAGUGGAGGAUGUGGGCUCCCCUGAACCAGAGGUGCUGGAGGUCCAAGGGGAGGCCACUAGUGAUAUGUACACACACCACAACACCUCAUCCCUCCCUCCUUGUAACUCUACUACACCCAAGAUUGUGAGGGAUAAGUCAUCAUGUACAGAUUCAGAACUACAGUCCAGUACCAACGGCCUUGAACUAUAUGGAAACAAGUUAACAUUCCCCACAUCCAAUGGAGAUGUACUGCAUGAAGAUCACCACGCCCCCUAUCUCUCCUGUGACCCAGACACUACCAGCACCAACAGUGAUGAAAUGGAUGAGAGCAACAAGGUUAUGAAGAGCAAGGCAGCCAAAGCUGGGUCCACAGGGAAGACCGGCAAGUUCUCUGUCUUCUCCAGGAUACCCUCAUUCAGGAAGAGCAAGACUUUGGAGGCUACAGGGUGCAAGGCUGAGCUCCCAUACAGGGGCACCCCUUCAGACAAGGAAGAGGGCAGCAGAGCAGGCACACUUGAGAGAAGACGGCAGUCCUCCCUUUGCAGCACUGACCUGUCCUCAAGCACUGACCACUUACUGGAGGAGGGGCAGUGGCAUGGAAACUUGGAUGUGGAUGUAUUUCAACAGGAUAGCCCUCUUCACCAGACUGCUGAAAAGGUCCUUGUCAAUGAGGGAGAGGUGUAUGGGUUUUGCUCUUUGGAACCCUGCACAAAGCACGUCCAACAGAUCUACAGGCAAGCUUCUUGUGAUGGACAUGCCCCCUCUGAGAAGCAUGAGGCACCAGCUUCCAUGGACCCCCCUGUCACUGAGAGACUUGGCCACAAGAGGAGCAAGAGCUCGGACAGCCUGAAUCUACGGAUGAGGUUCACUCUAGCCCAUAGGUCCCUCUCCAGCCUGUUUGAAUCUAAGCCUCCUGAAAAAGAGGCUGAGGAAGAGAGCCUGAAGCCUGAGUCUGAGAAGAGGAAGACCAGGCAGUCCUGGAGGGCGCCGAAGCAGUCUAAGGAGGCUGAGCUGCUGAAGACUGCUGUUUCAGUGCCUGAUGCCACCGGUGGAGGUAGAGCCAGGUCUGCUCGGCAGAUCCACAGUGACUAUGCGCUGCGGUCCGCCCAGGACCGGCUUAAGGGCUUCCCAACUGACUCAAGACGCCCCCGUUACACAGAAGCCCUUAGUAAUAAGGGUGUGCGGCAGCAGAUGCUGGAGGACACCCCAGAUGAGAGCCCGUCAGAAGAGACGAAAAGGCAGUUUCCGCCAAACGGCCUUUCCAUAACCCAGCCUCACCCUAACAUGUGUGUGCAGUCCAAGACUGAGGAUAAUGUUUUAGAGACCGUGUCACCUGGCCUGCCUCCCUGGAAUGAUUCCAGGUUCCAACCACUGGGGGGAUGUAGACCUGCCUCACCCCUGUGCCCCACCACAGUCACUGCCCUAGCCCUCCAGCUUGCCCCAUCCUGGACAAGGUCCCUUGGCUCCUUUGAGGUAAUGGACAGCCCUCUCCGGCCUAUGAGUCCAAAGCCACAGAGUCCCGGUCCUGCGAUCCACCGCCGGAGCUUCCGCUACCCAUGCCGAGCCUCUGCUGCCUCCCUCCUCUCUUUGGGCCGGGGGGUGAGUGUGGAGGGGCUCUCAGACCCCCCAGAGAGGCCCAAGACUUUGAAGCCCAGAGCAGUCCAGCUAUCAUCAGCUAUCUCCCUUAGCACAGACUGCCAGCGUGACAACAUUGGAGCGGAUGGUUCCUCACCCAUUGGUCUGAUCACCUCCUUGUCUGUCAACGAGUUUGAGCCUACACAGGAUGGUAGUAGAGCAGCUGGCCAGUCGCUGGAGAAGCGGCUGCCGGAUGUGGUGACCGUGCUGCGGGUGAAGAGCCGGGGGCAGGGCGGCCCCAGGCCCGUCUCCGACCUGGGAAACUGUGCCAUGCCCGCACACGUGGAGGGCGAAGUGGGACCUACUCCCCCAUUUGUGGAGCAGAGGGCCAGGCCAAGGCCAAAGAGGAGCCGGCGCAGUUGCUCAGAUGACAUUUGGGUUGGAAGGGUGAAGAAGAGACAGAGGAGGAUGUCCGUAGCGACCCUCGGGAGCACAAGCCGGCUUAGCAUGCAGACGCCAGGAGAGGCUGGGGCUCGACUUUCCCUCACCUCUACUGAGACCUUCAACUCUCUGGCCCUCAAAGACCAGUCCUUCUCCCAGAGCACCCCCAUUGGCCUGGACUGCCUGGGCUGGCCACACCGUGUCUCCUACCAUGCGGUGGUGAUACCUGAUGGGACUCUGGACAAGGCGGGCCUGGGGGAUGACGUCGGCAGCGAGGAGGACCUGUACGAGGAGUUCCGUAACUCCGGUCACCGAUUCGGCCACUCAGGGGGAGGAGGGGAGCAGCUGGCCAUCAACGAGCUGAUCAGUGAUGGCAGCGUCUGUGCAGAGGCGCUCUGGGACCAUGUCACCAUGGACGACCAGGAGCUGGGCUUCAAGGCCGGCGAUGUCAUCGAAGUCGUGGAUGCUACCAACAAGGAGUGGUGGUGGGGGCGGAUCCAAGACAACGAGGGCUGGUUCCCGGCCAGCUUCGUUAGGUUACGAGUGAACCAGGAUGAGCCGAUGGAGGAGUACCUGGCCAAGCUGGAGGAGGCCCAGGAGGAGGACAGCGCCUCCACGGGAAGGCUCCUGGGCCCCGGCCUGCCCUGCAAGGAGCAGAUGAGGGCCAACGUCAUCAACGAGAUCAUGAGCACCGAGAGGGACUACAUCAAGCACCUGAAGGACAUUUGCGAGGGCUACAUCAAGCAGUGCCGGAAGAGGACAGACAUGUUUACCGAGGAGCAGCUCCGCACCAUCUUCGGCAACAUCGAAGAGAUCUACCGCUUCCAGAAGAAAUUCCUGAAGGUCCUGGAGAAGAAGUUUAACAAGGAGCAGCCCCACACCAGCGAAAUAGGCUCCUGUUUCUUAGAGCAUCAAACAGAUUUCCAGAUCUACUCAGAGUACUGCAACAACCACCCCAAUGCCUGUCUCCAGCUGUGUAAGCUCAUGAAGGUCAACAGAUAUGUGGUGUUCUUCGAGGCGUGCCGCCUACUGCAGAAGAUGAUUGACAUCUCCCUGGAUGGCUUCCUGCUCACGCCGGUACAGAAGAUCUGCAAGUACCCGCUGCAGUUGGCCGAGCUACUGAAGUACACCAACCCCCAGCACAGGGACUACAGAGAUGUGGAAGCAGCGUUGAACGCUAUGAAGAACGUGGCGCGGCUCAUCAACGAGAGAAAGAGGCGACUGGAGAACAUCGACAAGAUCGCCCAGUGGCAGAGCGCCAUCGAGGACUGGGAGGGAGAGGACCUCCUCAGCAGGAGCUCAGACCUGAUCUUCUCAGGGGAGCUGACCAAGAUCUCCCCGCCCCAGGCCAAGAGCCAGCAGCGCAUGUUCUUCCUGUUCGACCACCAGAUGGUCUACUGCAAGAAGGAUCUGCUCCGGCGAGACAUGCUCUACUACAAAGGCCGGAUGGACAUGGACCAGAUCGAGGUGGUAGACGUGGAGGAUGGCAAGGACAAGGACCUGAACGUGACCGUGAAGAACGCGCUCAAGCUGCGGUCCCCCGGGGGGGAGGAGCUCCACCUGCUCUGCGCCAAGAAGCCGGAGCACAAGCUGCGCUGGCUGCAGGCCUUCGCUGACGAACGGCAACAGGUUCAGCACGACCGCGAAACAGGUUUUGCCAUCACAGAGGUCCAGAAGAAACAGGCCAUGCUGAACGCCAGCAAAAGCCAUCCAGCCGGGAAGCCGAAAGCUGUGACCAGGCCCUACUACGACUUCCUCCUGCGCCAGAAGCACCCAACGCUGCCCGCCGCUCUGCCCCAGCAGCAGGUCUUCAUGCUCGCCGAGCCCAAGCGCAAGAGCUCCAACUUCUGGCACAACAUCGGCAGGCUAACACCCUUCAAGAAAUGAGGGGACACGUGCUGCUUGUGCCUGAACUUUUGUUUUUUGUUUUUUUGUUUAUUAUUGAUAUUGUAUUAUAGUUGCUAUAAUUAUUAUGAUGAUAUUUUUUUUUUCCUUUGAGAAAGCACUUUAUAGGUUGGUUACAAUCAGACUUUGGGCACCAGCUCUUGGACCUUGGUUAUUCUUUGGAAAGAACAUUACCGUCGUUUCUAGCACUAGGAAUACAACCAUAGCACUACUACUCCGCUACUUCAACUACAGAUGCACCUGUUAGUACUAACUCUACUACCUACUGCUCCAAGUCUCAUCAUGUGAUUAUGCUAUAGCUUGCGCUUUGUACAUCAAAAGACCAUGACUGAAGAAAGGACUUCUUUCAAUGUGUGUUGUUUUUUUUUUGUUUUUUUUUAACACAUGCCAAUUGUUCACCAUGCCAGAUAACUAGCUUAUGUAUUUGUUGUUUAAUGUUCAUUGCAUCAGAAUUCAAAAAGAGAAAGGGUACCACAAAGCGCUCUGUCCUGUCUGUACUGAGGGGAUAAAUACCCCAUAUGCCUCAUUUCUGUGAAUUCAUUUGUCUGCAAUGGACUUGGGGUAUCCAACUAUGAAGUUAACGUCUGUACGCUAAGAUCCAACAAUCCCAAAGAUUUCAUCCAGCAGAAGCUCACCUGGUCCAGAGUCUGACCCAAGAAGUCCGUCACUUUGUCCCCCGUCAUGUUCUUUUCCAGCUGCCACUCCUGUUCCUUCGAGUGGGCCUUCAUGUUAAUUUAUUUCAGUAAUGAACUUCUUUGUCGAAGUGCCAUUUGAACCGUCAUCCGAAAAUGCGAUGAGGUUUUGCAUGAAUUGCUGUGAACCUUGAGUUGAGAUGAGAGUUCAUCCCGAUACAAAUAAAAUGUCUUGAUACUCA